CGCGACAGACUGGACCAGAAUCAGGAAUAUCCUUUCUAGAGGGGGCCACUGCACCCUCAGACUCCCAGUCUUUGGCGCUGGAUGCAUUUCAGGGCUUCCCACAGGAGCUGGCAUUUGAGCAGCACCUGGGAGGCUAAGUGAAGUUUCGGUAAAAGAAGCUGUAAGAAUAAUGCAUGGGGGAAAGAGCAGCAGGCGUUUAGGCCAGAGGGCUUUACCCGUACAGCUGCACUGGGAAUUAGAGGCAGUAGGAGCAUACGUUGGGAGUGGCCGGACCCUAAAGACUGGAGCUUGCAGGACACGGAUGCCUUUGUGCUGGUCUACGACAUCUGCAGCCCGGACAGUUUCGAUUAUGUGAAAGCCCUGAGGCAACGCAUAGCAGAAAACAGGCCGGCGGGAGCGCCAGAGGCACCCAUCCUGGUGGUGGGCAACAAGCGGGACCGUCAGCGGCUGCGCUUCGGACCUCGUCGUGCACUGGCCACUCUAGUUCGAAGGGGCUGGCGCUGUGGCUACCUCGAGUGCUCAGCCAAAUACAAUUGGCACGUGCUGCGUCUCUUCCGAGAGCUUCUACGUUGUGCUUUGGUGCGCACACGUCCUGCACAUCCCGCUCUGCGUCUGCAGGGGGCGCUGCACCCAGCGCGCUGCAGCCUCAUGUGAUCAGAUUGAACAGGGAAAUUUCAUGAAAGCAGGCUCCCACCCAGACUCCUGGCCAACGGGCUUUUCUUUGAUCUUGAUUGGACCCAGCCAACUCCCAAUCAUUGGACAAGAUCAGUUUUUUUCUAAGACCUUAUUGGGUUACAAUCACAGCUGGAAAGGACUUGAAUAUGAAUGCGAUCAGAAGUAUUCAUACAGCUUCUAGCACUCAUAUUGAACUACAUAGACCCACCUGCCUCUACCUCUCCACUGCUAGACUGGCUACUGGAGACACUUUUUAAAGUCACGCCUUAGCAGGCAAUAAAAACAAAAGCAAAAAAUGU